CACGUGACAACAACAGCCACGUGGGGGGGGGUUGAAAUGGGGCCCGCACUGAGACAGUUCAAAUUGAUGAAGCCCUAGCUGCUGAAGAUAUUCAUCCAAUUCUUUUUGGGGGACAUGACAGCUGAGCAAAUUAUGGCCUUUGCUAAAAUUCUCAAACGGGAAGCGAUGAUAUCAUCGGUGCGUGGAUAAUCUGACGACUAGAAUAAAACAAAGUUAAGCAUGCUGCUGCGGCCUCAACUGUAAAGUUAACAACUCGUCUGCUUUAUCUUCAGUCCCAAGCCCAGGGAACAGUCACAGCAGCCAACCCAGCCUCAGAGCCUCUGCAGACAGACAGACAAGUCACCCAAGACAAACUGAGCAAGAGAAAAGGAUGGAUCAAACGAACAACGAUCAAACUAAAGUGCCUUCGUACCUCAGGGAAGAACCACCAGAAGAUUCUGCAAAAGAUCAUCCAAUGCCACAACCUAGUAUGUUUUCGCGAGUCACUGGUGGAGUCUACAGUGUGACCAAAGGAGCUGUCGGGGCUACCGUGGGUGGUGUGGCCUGGCUUGGAGGCAAAAGUUACGAGGUCACCAAAACGGCUGUGACUGCUGUGCCAUCACUGGGCGUGGGGCUGGUCAAGGGCGGAGUGUCUGCAGUAGCAGGCGGGGUGUCUGCUAUCGGCUCUACCGUAACAAGUAAAGUACCUUUUCGUGGGAAGAGGAAGGACAAAUCAGACUAAGGAAAUGUGCAGCAUCGUGAAACCGCAAACAUGGCCUUUGUAAAGCUGGUUCUCAAACUGCCACACUAUCAGCUGAGAACUGUGGAGAGCCAAGCUGUGUAUUCUGAGGCUGCGUUGGAACCAGAAAUGACUGUUCGUCUAGAUGUGUUAAUUUACCUCUUUUGGAGGGAAAUGCAAAGAACUUGUGGAUAAUGCUUAUUGUGGAAGAUGUGUCCCAGGUUCAUAUUAUUCAUGGUCAAAGGUGGAUUCACAGCCAUAAGUUCGCAGUCAUUUAGAGUAAUGCUGUAACUUAAAGGGAGGAAAAGGUUCUAUAUAUUUGAGGUAAUGCAGUUGACACUUAACUCUUCAGCUGAUGCUGCUCAAACCUUGCAAGAAAUGGGCUGGAGAUUUGAGCUCACUUAUGUUCAGAAGUCACCGGUUUACAGCAAUUUUUAAAAUUUUGUCCACCUCGAGCCACAAACUAGGACUUAAAUCAUAUUUUUAAUAUGUACCAAUAAAAGAUGUGACAUUUAAAAGUUUCAUUUCAUAGCUGUCAGGCCAGAUCCCAGUGUUAACAAACACAUUUGAAGCAGCCUGUCUAACCUCAUUGCCAAAAGAUGAUGUAAUGCCAGAGAAAUUUACUGCAGCUCGGUAUGAAAUUUAAAUGUGAGUGCAGUUAAUUUUAAAAAACAGAAUGCUAAUUUGUACAGCGAUAUAGAUAUUCAGUGAACUCUGGCCAAAGGAUUGUGUGAGGAAUAAAGUUCCAAUGUACCAAGCCCAUCUUGUGUCAUUCAGAGAACUUAAUGUAAGCAGAACCUCACAAGCCAGUACAUUCAUUUAGCAAGAUUCAACUACAUGCCUUUUUAUACAAUUGUAAUAUCAACAUGUUUCGUCAACUUCUGAAGUUAUGGACAGAUUUAAGUGUAGAUGAUUGGUGUUAAACUGUGGUAAAACAUGACUAUUUUACACACUCCACACUUAAUAGCUUCUCCGUCAUUCAUUUCCGUAUCUGUCCACAAGCUGCAGGAAAACAAGUAUAUUGUAUUUUUAUAUUUCCACGCAAUGUGCUUUGCUGAAGAAAGAAAGAAGUCAUGAUUUUGCUGACAAAUGACAGUACAUUUGAUCAAAAAUCACCUAUUGUACUUUGAUGAGUUUAAUUAAAACAUUAGUUUCUUGUAUGAUGCACAAGUAGGAUAUGAUGAUAACAUGCAGAAGGGCAGAGUUAACAUUAAAAUCCAGUACGUCUGAAGGAAAAGCCAUCAAUCUUUGAAAUGCAAGGAGUAAUCUUAGAUGGUUCAGUUGACCCAAGAUUUUUGACUCCUUGAUUUUUCCUAGGAAUAUUGGGGAGAGAAAAGUCCGGUGAAUUUUAAACAUGCAGGUUAAAAUGCCAAAUGCUUCAAUGUUAGGAGUAGAUGGUAACAUAUAACCUGUGUAUAUGUUUCAGUAAACUCUUUUUUACAUUUGAGUUUUUGUGUGUAAUUCGGAACUGGUUUAUAGAUCCCGAAAAUGAUUCUUCCAAUCUAAAUCAUUACUUGCAGAGUUUAAAUUGUGAAUGGUAGAAUAUAUAUAUACUGUGUAAUUUACCUGAAUAUAAAUACAACCUUCAAUUGUUGUGUUACAAUAUAAACAUUUUUAUGAUAACUGUUGAAAAUGUAGGUACAACUGGUAUUUCUGUAUUUUGGCCUGUUCUCAUUUCUGUGAACACAAAUAGUUGCUGUGAAUAAAAUUUGAAUUUACUAUUUUUUAAAAGUUAAA